ACUGACUGCAACGCCUGGUUCCAGUUUGCGCAAAGAUAUGAAAGUAUAGGUUCCUGGAGACUUGACAGAUAAUUUUUUAACACAAGAAGCUAUGAAGUUCCCUACUUCAUUUCUGCUCCAUAUUCUGCUUCUGCUGCCCCACGCGACAUGCUCGCCGUUGCAUGGGAAUGAGGCUGAUCGGAUGGCUCUACUUGGUUUCAAGCUAUCCUGUAGCGAUCCUCACGGAUCCUUGGCCUCCUGGAAUGCGAGCAGUCACUACUGUUUGUGGAAAGGAGUCUCAUGUAGCAGGAAGCAUCCACAGCGUGUCACUCAGCUUGAUCUCACUGAUCAAGGCUUGACCGGCUACAUCUCUCCAUCCCUGGGAAACCUUACACAUCUCAGAGCUGUGCGCCUGUCAAAUAAUAGUUUCAGUGGUGAGAUCCCUGCUUCACUUGGUCAUCUGCGCCGGCUCCAGGAGAUUUCCAUUAGCAAUAACUCGCUGCAAGGUUGGAUUCCUGGGGAGUUCGCAAAUUGUUCUAACCUCCAGAUCUUAUCCCUCAGCUCUAAUCGUCUAAAAGGGAGGGUUCCUCAAAACAUUGGCUCCCUCUUGAAGCUUGUUAUCCUGAAUCUUUCGGCGAAUAACCUCACCGGAUCUAUUCCACGUUCAGUUGGUAACAUGACAGCUCUCCGUGUGCUUUCUCUUUCAGAGAACAACCUUCAGGGAAGCAUCCCUGAAGAACUUGGACUGCUGCUGCAAGUGUCAUACUUGGGUCUUGGUGCCAACUUGUUUUCGGGCAGUGUGUCGCAAACGAUGUUCAAUCUAUCUUCUGUCAUUUACCUUGGACUGGAGUUGAACCAUCUUAAUAAGGCAGUGCUACCUUCUGAUUUUGGCAACAAUCUUCCCAAUCUUCAGCACCUUGGGUUAGAUUCUAACAAUUUUGAAGGGCCUGUCCCAGCUUCUAUAGCCAAUGCUUCAAAGCUCAUUGAUGUUGGACUGUCUAGAAACUAUUUCAGUGGUAUAGUGCCAAGCUCUCUAGGCAGUUUACAUGAUCUCACCUUCCUGAAUCUUGAAUCCAAUAGUAUUGAAGCAUCUGACCGGGAGAGUUGGGAGUUCAUCGACACAUUGACCAACUGCAGCAAACUUCAAGCAAUUGCACUUGAUAUGAACAACUUAGGAGGGUAUGUGCCAAGUUCAAUCGGUAAUCUCUCCUCUGAACUUCAAAUAUUGUACCUUGGCACAAACCAGUUAUCUGGAGUGUUCCCCUCAAGCAUUGCAAAGCUCCAGAACUUGAUUGCUUUGUCACUUGAAAACAACCAGUACAUCGGGUCAAUUCCUGAGUGGAUAGGAGAGCUUGGGAAUUUGCAGGUGUUAUACCUGGAAGGAAACAGCUUCACUGGAUCCAUACCAUUUUCCAUCGGUAACCUUUCUCAGUUGUUGCAUCUUUAUCUUCAAGAUAAUAAGAUUGAAGGCCUCCUUCCAGCAAGCCUCGGAAACAUGAAGAAUCUCCUAAGACUGAACAUCACUAAUAACAGCCUCCAGGGGAGCAUUCCAGCUGAGGUUUUCAGUCUUCCAUCACUGAUAAGUUGCCAACUAUCUGUCAACAAGCUUGAUGGCAUGUUGCCCCCAGAGGUUGGCAAUGCUAAACAACUCAUGGAGCUGGAACUGUCAUCAAACAAGCUAUCUGGAGAAAUCCCACACACUCUGGGUAACUGCCAUGGCUUAGAAAUCAUAGAUUUAGCUCAAAACUCCCUUGUUGGAGAAAUUUCAGUAUCCUUGGGCAAUUUGGGGAGCUUGGAAAGAUUGAAUCUUUCCCACAACAACCUGUCAGGAACAAUCCCCAAAUCUCUGGGUGGUUUGAAGCUGCUGAACCAAAUAGAUAUUUCAUACAAUCAUUUUGUAGGUGAAGUUCCAACAAAGGGUGUGUUUCUGAAUGCAUCUGCUGUCUUGCUUAAUGGGAACUCAGGGCUGUGUGGUGGAUCUGCAGAGCUCCACAUGCCAGCAUGUUCUGCUCAAUCUUCAGAUUCGCUGAAGCGAAGCCAGUCUCUCAGGACAAAAGUAAUAGCUGGUAUAGCGAUCACAGUUAUAGCUCUACUUGUUAUCAUUCUUACCUUACUUUAUAAAAAGAAUAAACCAAAGCAGGCAUCUGUGAUCCUACCUUCAUUCGGUGCAAAAUUUCCAACUGUCACUUACAAGGAUCUAGCUGAAGCAACAGAUGGGUUCUCGUCAUCCAAUUUGAUUGGCAGAGGAAGAUAUGGCUCUGUAUACAAAGCAAACUUACAUGGACAGAGUAACUUGGUAGCUGUGAAGGUUUUUGACAUGGGAACUAGAGGGGCUAACAGAAGCUUUAUUGCAGAGUGUGAAGCUCUAAGAAGUUUAAGGCACCGCAAUCUCGUUCCUAUCCUAACUGCCUGCUCAAGUAUUGAUUCCGGAGGAAACGACUUUAAAGCUUUGGUAUAUGAGUUCAUGCCUAAUGGUAGCCUCGACUCAUUUUUACACCCCAACGAAGGUGGUACGCACAGUCCCUGUUUUCUGACACUAGCUCAAAGGCUGAGCAUUGCUCUUGACAUCGCAAAUGCAUUGGAAUACCUGCACUUCGGUAGCCAGAGGCCUAUUGUACACUCUGAUCUGAAGCCUAGCAACAUCCUUCUUGGCAAUGAUAUUACUGCCCACAUCAGUGACUUUGGCCUCGCAAGAUUCUUCGACAGUGUGAGCACAAGUACCUAUGGAGUGAAAGGCACCAUUGGCUACAUUGCUCCAGAGUAUGCAGCUGGAGGGCAAGUGGUGGCUUCUGGUGAUGUGUACGCCUUCGGGAUAAUCCUGCUUGAGAUGCUCACUGGGAGGAGGCCUACUGACGACAUGUUCAAGGAUGGGGUGACCAUUGUGAGUUUUGUGGAGGCAAGCAUCCCUGACCAUAUACCGGAGAUUGUUGAUGCCCAGCUGCUAGAAGAAAUCGACGACUAUAAUGAGAGUCCUGCGAAGGUCGUGGAGUGCCUACGAUCCGUGCUGAAGAUUGGGCUGUCCUGCACUUGUCAGUCGCUGAAUGAGAGGAUGAGCAUGAGAGAAGUGGCCGCGAAGCUGCAGGCCAUUAUAGAGACUUAUGAGACUGAAGAAGCUCUGGAGGUGGCCUGUUGAACUUGAGCAAAAAGGACAUGUACUAAGAGGAACUGAAAUCUUGAGUUGGUUUUGACGGAAUUUUUUUUAAAAAAAAGUUUUUGAUCAAGUGUAGUAUUCUUAUCGGUUUUGACAGAAAUUACAUAGCCAAAUAAUAGAAGUGGGAAAAGGAAGAGCAAAGGGAUACAAGAGUUAGUCCACGAAGCGGACACAAGGGGAGAAGACUUAUAAUCAUAUAAUUAAACAAAACAAUUUGCAAAACACUUUUCAAUGUAGAAAAUCCGAUAUGUUAUGAUGGAAAGCAUAGUACCACACUGUACACCGUGCGCCCCAACAACAGUUACUAGUUUUCAUUAGGUACAUUGUUAGACCUACUCUCUGAAUUAGGUAUACAAAAUUCUUACCGGAAGUGUCAGCAAAAAAAAUUGGAUGGAUCUACGAGUGCGCUUACCCUGCACUUCCUGCACCUACAUUUGU